AUGAACUACUCAUCGUUGAAGAAGAAUCUCGUCAUUAAGUUUAGUAACGCUGGAUAUAGGUCCCAAAAUGGGGACGGCAAAGGGGCCAUAGGCUCUGCUGCAAGGAGAAGAACCAUAGAAGAGCUUUCCGGGGGCAGUGGACAGAGGGGAGCAGUCCACCGAUGGGGGGUAGCAAAUGACGAAGUGGAAGAAACAGCUGGAGGAGCGAAGAAAAAGAAAAAAAUCGACGUUUUGCUCGAGAUAGAUGAUAUUUUGAAGGGCCACGUCCCUGUGAGGGAGGAGGACUUUGCAGGCAGCAGGAAGAAGGGAGCGCAUCAUAAGAGUGGGAAACUUGGCGCCGCAGGACAGGCACAGGCGGCGCUUCCGAAGGGAUCAAUUCAGGCAUCAUCUUUAUCAUCAUCAUUAGCAACGACAUCGCCUUCUGCACACACUUUGGCGGGAUCUGCUCCACCACAGGGAGGGGUGGCCAACGGGUCGGUGUUAACCCCCCUUGGCGCGAAAUGCGAGAAAAGGGAGAAGAAAAUUCCGAUCAGUGAGCAAGAGGGUGCAUUUAAAAAAAAGCUCGAUAUCGUGGAGGCGAGCUUUAGCGUUGUAGACAAGUGGUCUACCCACAUCGAGCUGAUUGACUUUGUAAGAAACAACAUGAAGAACAAGGAGUUUAUUUACGUGCGCAGCCUGCCCGGAGGAGGGUACGAGAAAGCCCCCUGCGGGUGCAAAAAGGAAGAAGGAGUCCUAUCCAUAUCGCUGAGCGGAGUGAUGACCAACGAGAAAAACGAAACAACCUUCUACGAACUAAACGAAUGGAAGGAUCACAUAACUCUCCUCAACAGUGCCCUCAGCUUAAACUUCGUGAGGAAGUUCCCCCUAUACAAGUAUUUUUUUCUCCUCAAAAAUGUGAUUAAAUCGUCCAAGUUUAAGAGGAAGAAAAAAUACAUAAAAGAGAAUCUGCUGUUCCUGAAUCAGCACUUCCUGAGAGGAUUCGUGGAAAUACAGACCAUUCUGGAUGAGAUCAUCGAGUACAGACUGGUCGAUACGAAUAUCAACAACAUGAGUUUGGAUCAGUUUAGGGAUUUCCAGGCGGAGUAUUCCCCAAAGUUUGAUAGCUUCAUUAAGGGGAAGCUCAACCAUAUUGCUACCGUCAUUUGUCAGUACAGCUCGAAGGCUCUCAAGGGGUUUCUGGAGAAGAACGGCAUUGUGCAGGGGGACAGCGCCCGUGAAGGGGAUGGGCCCAUCAUGGCGGUGCGAAGUGGAGUCGCGCAAAGGGGGAGGACUACCACAGGGGCGGAUAAGGGAGCGAACAAGGAAGCGGACGCUAUCGCCAAUGCCAACGUCCAUGCCAAUGGCAACGCCGGAACCGACGUCCCCAUCGACGUAUACUACAACAAAAUUGCACUGAGCAGCUGCUACUGCGUCUACAUCAAACGCUUCAUACAGUUGUGCCAAUACCUCUGUGACAAUGCCCUGAGGGGAAUCAUCCUGUACACAUACGAGUAUUUCCUGGGUCUUCUAAACAACUACUUCGAGGAGGAUAAAAAUGGAGAAGAUACAACACAGGGGAAGGAGAUCGGGGUCGACAAAAACAGCAGAGUCAAUGGAGAUAUGUGUACUCCAUGUAGCGGAAUGAAGGGACUCGCCAAUGGUGGAGCCGCUCUGAUGAGGCAAGCCAGUGGAGCGAUCUACUCCCCCUAUGCUCAAAAUGGAGAACCUGGUGGCAGCUGUAGGGCUAACGAAACCGCGGUGGCAAGCGUACGGGGCAGAAACAGCCCAGGGAAGCUGCGCGAUAAGGAUGGAACCCCAUACAGAUUAAUCAAAGUGGAGAACAAAGAAAGCAAUGUUAAGUCAGACAGUGCAAACGUAGGAGUUAAUAUAAAUACCAUGUAUAGCAAAAGUAACAGCGCGAGAAAUAAAACGAAAAAUGAAGUGUGUCUCUUCAGCGUUGUUUUGCAUGUGGAGAAGGACCACUUGCGAAUUACACCCGAGUGUAACCUGCUCAUCAAUACGCUCAUGCACUGCUUCUAUGUCGGCAUUGAGAAUAUCUGCAUGCGUGAGGAGUUUUUUAACUACUACAAAGUUCGGGAGUUUUUUUCCAGCGAGAUUUUUGUGGACAGUGUGAUUUUCCGCGGGGGCAGUGGAGGGAAGCCAAGCGCGACACAGCCGGAUGGAACACUGCCUCAUCGGGUGCUUCCCCAUCGAGUGUUGCCGCCUCAGGCAGAACCGACUCUAGCGCUGCCGCUUCAGGGACUCCCUCUCAGCAGCUUCGCCAACUCUAUCAGCGCGGACGAAACGAUUCAGCAGCUGGACGAAGAGCUGAAGGAGAAAAUGAAAAUAAUGUACUGCUCGAUGGUUCAAUCUUGCAGCGAAUUCGAGGAGGUCAUCAAACUGCAUAACAAGAAUGAUCAGAUCGAAGUGAACCAAAUGGAUAUCAUGAACACGCAAUCGAUUUCGCAACUCUUUACAUCAUUUAAAGAAUUAGAGCAUAAAAUCAAACGGAUGGAUAAACAGAUACAGAUACAUCUAUUCAAAGUAGACAAUUCACUCCUGAUAGACAAUCUGCUGAGUAGCAUAAGGACCAAAUGGAAUCACCUCAUCAGCUACCUACCAUCCUUGAGUAACCAGACUAUCGAGGAGCUCACCACAAAACUGGACAAAUCGUUUAAUCUCAUAAAUACCAUCCCUUCCAGUAUUGGCGAUCUCGUUGAGUAUAUUACUUUCACGAACAAAUUCGCCGGCGAACUAGUCAGCAUAGAAGAGAACGUAGAAUCUAUAUCGUCCCUUUUUCUCCUUUUUAAAAAAUACUACAUAAGUAUUAGUGGCAACUACACGACGAAGAUCUUUCACAUCAAUCAGAAAAUGAAUGCCAUGAAGAGUAUCCUUCACAAGGAGAAGAAUUACGAUAUCGAAUUUAGUACUCUGUUUAGGGAACUCACCCUUGAGAUCGGUCGAGUGGAGCAUAACAUCCAGAGCAUUCUAAACAUCGUAAAAGGCAACCUCGUCCAAUUCAACUGUGUGGUAUCGCUCGAAGAGAUGGAGUGCUUGCUGCAUUGCGUGACGCCCAUAGGGGACAUCCAGGAGGAGUACUACUCCAGGGGGGGGACAGGAAAAGGGGCCAAUUCGGAUGGCGGCCAUGACCACCGUGACCCACGUGAGGGCGAUGACUCCCCCUUCCAGAUCAGCCCCGACGACGAAAUCCAAGUGCUGAAUGAAGAGACCAGAAACCGAUGCUACAUAUUUGAGCUCCUCGAAUUCCUCAGGAAAAAAAUCCUGGACGUCAAAAAGGAUGUAGACAAAUAUCUCCACUAUCAGAAGGUGCUAAAAAAGAAAAAAAAUGCCUUCGUCAAUUUUAGCUUGCUAAAAAAUAUGUUCCUCAAUAACAGUCUUGCCAUCUACACCUACUACAAGUACCUGUGUUGUAAUGAGAAACAUCGAAGGGAGAAGAUCUUCCGCCUAGAUGUAGCCUCUGUGUCGUCUGAAAUAGGGGCCAUAGAUUCGUAUUUUAAGAGGGUCAACAAAAACUUCGUGAAUGGCGAUUUUUACGAGCGCUGCAAUAGGUUCCACAUGACGUACGAGAGCGCGCUGCGCGUGCUGAGGCUGCUGGGCCUGGUGCGCGACAGCCGCGAAUACUUCGAGCGGGCGGUGGCCGUGCUAAAUGGCGCCAAGGGGGGGGCCGCGCCGGAGGACGUGGCGUGGCUUAACCGGGAUGGCCUUAACCCGGAUGGCCUUAACCGGGAUGGCCUUAACCGGGAUGACCUUAACCGGGAUGACCUUAACCGGGAUGACCUUAACCGGGAUGACCUUAACCGGGAUGACCUUAACCGGGAUGAUUCUAACCUUGCUCAGCUUAACCGCUCCUCGGCCAGCCACCCCCGCCCCGCCGCGAUCCCAAUCGCCCAAGAGCAAAUCGAACUGAGGCACCUGCUCCACCUCCACAUCGCCAACAGCAUUCCGGAUCUAGAAAACAUCUGCUUCGAAUAUGAGAAGGAAAAAAAAAUGAACGAGCAGCUGGAGAGGCUCAAGGCAGGUCUAAAGAAAAACAAAAUAGACGUUACUCUGGUGAACAAAAAGGUAUACUUCGUGAACAAUCUAGCCGAACUUAUGCACAAUUUGAAGGGAACCCUCGCGGAGUUAUUCGUCCUGGAAAACGACUCCUUCAGUAGACACGUCUAUCCAGAAUUGUACAACCUCUCCACUCAGAUUAGAAACUUCACCAACAUCUUAGGAGUUAUUCAAAAAAUACAGCCAUGCUAUCUUCAGCUAGCUAAACAUAAAAAUAGCGAACUGAAGAAGGCUCUAAAAACGGACCACCUAUCCUCCAUAGUAGCCAAGUACAAGCAGAUGUGCGAAGAUUUUUUCAUCUAUCCACAGUUAAUGAAGCAUUUAGAGAAAGCAUACCAAUUGGAGGAAUUCGAAAAAACGGAAACAGAGCUAAGGGCCAUUCAGCAGGAGGUGGAGAAACACACUCUGCAGCGAAGAAGCGAAUGGUAUACCUUCUUCCUACUCACGGAUGAGGAGUUUUUAGACGUUUACUUAAAUAUGAACGAGCUGAAAUGCCUGAAUAGGUACGUGCAUAAGUUAUUCCCCUAUGUAAAGAAAUUUAUUUUUCAAAAUGAAUCCAUCUGUGGGAUUAUCAGCUCAGACAAGGAACGGGUUCUAUUCAGGGAAGAGAUAAAAUACAAGAAGACUGAGUUUUUGCUAAAUGAGAUUAACAAGGAAAUUAGCAAUGUAGUGAUGAGGAGCAUCCAUGGAUAUGCUGCUCGGAAGGAGUUCUUGGCUCCUCUGAAGGAAGACUCCUACCUCUUUUUCUGGCAAAUCAACAACUUGCAGCAGUUGUUCAUUCUGAUCAAUGUCUACUUUACGCACAUCUGGGAGGGCAUCAUUCACGAUCCGCAGAAGAGCAAGUACGUCAUCUACCUCAUCACGGAGAAUCUGCGUUGGAUGGUGAGGGAGGCUCAGCAGAGACGAAGCCGCGAGUUGGGACAGGCAAACCACGGCCAACCACUGCAGAGAAACAAAGGCUGGGCGAUGAUCUUCACCUUCUUCGCGCAAAUGCGAGAUCAGUUGCAGGCCUUCCUAAACGAACAGAGAAAUGGCGCCCCCACAGGGAACUCCACUUACAGCUACCUGGAGCAGGUGAAGCAUCACUUGGACAAAGAAACGUACCGCAUCCGCUUCUUCCACCACAGUGUGAAGUACAGAUACGAACUUCUGGGGAAUCAAAAUUACACCAUGGAUAUGAUAUAUCACCAAAAAAGUUAUGGGUUCUUUUUUUACAAAUACGUUCAAAACGGGUUCAUUCUAUUGCCAUCGAGAAGCAUCUACGGGAUGAGUCAUUCAAAGAAUUUUUCCACUCUUUUAGGAUUUCAUUAUAUCUUAAUAAACAACAAAGGGUUGCAGGAGUCAGAUUUGCUGAACUACAUCUCGUGUAGCCUCUGCUCCAAUGUGUCUGUUUUUCUUCACCAAGUGGAUUCGUACCGACCGGAGGUUCUAGCCGUACUGAAUGAGCAGCUAGCCAAUAUUAGAAACCAUUUGGUAAACAAAAUGAAAUCGAUAAAGAUCAACGGAAGUGAAUUCAACCUCAGCAAGAAGAAUCUUAUGUACAUAUCGCUAUCAAACGAAUCGCUUCCCUUUGGAGAGUACUACUCAGAAGGGGGUUCUCUGGACGCGGUCUCUACGCUCCAUUUUUCCCUUUCGGUGCACGAGCCGGCCAAGCCCUUUUCAUUGACCGUCCUCUUCCUUGUCUUCCUGUCGUGCGGGCCAAUUCGAGCGCGUGCCUUGGCCUCCGCGACAUAUGCGGCCUUCCAGUAUUUGAAGCAGCAGGAAUCCCUGAAGGGUCACCUCGACGAAAGGACGUUAUUCCACACGGUAAAGAUGGCCAGGUGUGGGAAGAAUCCAUGUGAGGAGUACACCGUGGCGAAGGGAAUCAUCAAGAACGUGUCUUCUUUUCUCCAGAGCUCCAAAUGGAAGGAAGUAGCAAAAGAUAUGUGUGUCCUUUUUAACGUCCCCAAGGAGUGGAGGGAUCGGCUACUCAAAUGGGUAGAGAAAAAAGACGAAGAAGACCAGCAACAACUGUACGCAACGGAAGAGAUUUGUCAAAAAACGUGUCCCAAAGGAACAUCCUGGGAUCAACAAAUACGCAACAUAGUAACUGACCUGAUGAUGGAAAAAAAAAUGACCUUCCUGAAAUAUCAAGUGGAAAAAUCUUUGCAUCUGUAUAAAAUAGUGAAUCAAUUUUCCCUUCGCCAAAGUGACGAAAUGAAGUGCGACCAGAGGAUCAUCACAAACGUUUUGCUGAUGGGGAAGAAGUUUUCUGGACGGAGCACAAUCGUCCUUAUUUUGGCCACUCUGAUUAACCGUCUGGAGAUGGCAGAACAGGGGGUUUAUAAUCACUGCACGGUGGAGAAUAUCAACCUACGUUACUGCGAGGAGGGGGAUUGCCUCCGGUUUGUGUUCGGUCGCCGUGGAGGAGGCUCUUCUCAGCGGGAGGAGAACAACCGGGCAGGUCAGGAAGCGAUUCAAAUGGGAGGAGCGACGGGAGCACCUCUCGGGAUGAAGAACGCCCAGGUGUGCACCAACAAAUUGGCGAGAAACACGAAGAAGAAAACGGGCCCGACACCCACCGAUGAUGGAAUGCAUAGUAGGAAUGACCCAAAGGAGAGGAAACAUAUUAAUCAGCCUAACCACUGGGCUGGAGAAUCUAUGCUGAAAAAGAACAGAGUACACAUCAGUGUGAUUAACGUACGGGAUAGUACCUUCGUGGAGAGGAUUAUCAGUCACACGAUGAAGAAGAAUCUGCUGAGUCAGAUGGAGAAAGAAGAAGACGAGUGUAGACACCGCUGCUUUGUAUUCACUCCAGAGCGAUUAACAGAAAUGUCUCCUAAUCUUAUUGGGAAGUACCACCACGUACAAGUGAGAAACACCGUCCCCUUCCUCCCCUUCAUCACACAUGCCGUGGAGCGAAUAAAGACCUACAAAUCUGCCAAAAAGAAGAUCGUCAAGGUGUUUGAAGAUCUAUUUAUCGAGGCGAUCAAUUUUUUUAGGAAGUACAGGAAGGGCGAGGGGAGUGCCAAAUUGAAGUUCCGUCCAAGGAGUAACCAGAAGAACGCCCCGUUUGAGAGCAACCCUGGCGAGGAGGCGAGUGACCAUAACGAUAAGGGCAUCGCUGACCAUCGCGAUAGCGGCAUCGUUGAGCACCACGAUAGGGGCAUCACUUCCCAUGGCAAUCGUGAUGGCACCCGUCGUGGGAGCAUUGAGGAGGGACUCAGAUCUGUUGAAGACGCAGGUGAACUGGAGGAGGAGGAGAAAUCGGAUGAGGAAUGCGAUGAAGGGGAUGAUGAUGGGACGAGGGAAGAAGACGGCACCAUUCAUUUUCUCCACAAUGGAAGGGCCCAAGUGAACGUCCACAUAAACACGCUGAUCAGCCACUUUGUACACUUCGUAGAUUACUUCAUAACAACGCUCAAGGAGAAAAAGGGGACGGAAAAAAAAAUCCUAGACAAUCAUCUGAACAAUAUCAUAACCAUCAGCUUUGUCUACUCCCUUACGUCCUUUAUGGAUAAAAAACUGAGGACACAAUUUGAAGGCUUCAUUUUUAAGCACAUUAAUAACCUCUCGAUCAUCCCAAGGAACACCUCCUUUGUCCAUCUCCACUACAAUGCAGAAACGAAUAAGAUCAUGAGACAUGAGAAGGUCUUUUCAAAGGAGAGUCUCCACAUAAAUAAGAUGGAUCUAGUGGACAACGCUUUGUUCAUCAAUGAUGACUACUUCUUAUUCGAAGAUUCCAGCAUUCUAUGUAUGAAAUAUUUGAUAAACAUCUCUUCCUACCUACGUAUGCCUCUUGUUCUCAUGGGGGGAUCUAACUCAGCUAAAUCCAAGUGCGUUUGUAACCACUUGAAUUCGCCUGACCAGAAGAGGGCCAACCUGCAUAAUUUCACUUUUCGUUUCAACGCACUGUUUCGGUACAGCCGAAUCGUAAAUAAGUUGCGGCGCUCGUUUGACCUCUCCAGGGGGUCCGUGCCGUACGAUGUGACGAUAUUUAUCGAUGACGUUAACUGCCUUGGCGGGGGUUCCCGCCUCACCAUGGAGUUUCUCUACGCCCUCGCGGGGAGUAGUGCCUUCUUCGAUCGGGAGCUCGCAACCGACGUGGCCCUUCCCAGGCGCAGGAUCUUCUGCACCUUUAACAGCGAACAGGCGAUACGUACACAGGAGGACUGCCACGAUUUCGAGAAAAUGCACCGGAACUUCUUCGUCCUCAACGUCGGCGAGAUGGACACGCGGGACAUCCACAGCGUCUACUCGAACGUCAUCGAGGCGCUCUUCCUGAAAUAUAACUUCUGCGAAGAGGUGAUAACCGAGUGCAACAGCUUCAUCAAGUGCAUCCUGGAGAUUUUCGAAGGCGUCAUGGGAAAGGCAAGGGGGGAAGAAGCCACUCUGUGCCUGCACACCAGCCGAAUGAACAAUCUAAUAAACCACCUGCUGCUCUGCGACAAGGACAUAACAAACAGCAUUAAUGACAUUUUGAUUUUCUUCAAACAGGAUGUGUAUCGAACCUUCUGCAGCGAUGUCAUUUCACACUCGCAGGUUAAGAAGUGCAGACAAAUCAUUGAGCAAUCCUUCACCACACGUUUUAGUAAAUACAUCCUGCAGCAAAGCAAUGAGUUUUUCUUAAGUCGAGAAGAAAAUAACCUGACUGUUCAGGUAAAAUCGAAUCUUUGUGAUGAGCAAAACGGGAAAAUAAAUCUCAGCUUCGUAAGGAGCUUUUUUGAGGACAAAAAUGUUGAACGUUUCUACCAUGACGUUGUUAGGAUGGUCUUGAUGAUAAAUUCUUUUCUCCUCUUGAGAAGAAGCAAUGUCGUUUUUUUGAAUGAGCAGGAGGAGUUACUACGAAAGAUCGUUACCAUUUAUUGUGCGUACAAAAAUGAUCAUGCCUUCUUUUUGGCGAAUGACGUGGAUGUGGCUAGGGGGCAACUGCGGGAGGCGUACCACCGCACGGUGAAGUCGCUACUGCGGGAGGGUGAAGUGAUUAAUGCCAACGUGGAGACUGAAUCAAUGAGGAGCGCUAACCUGGAAGGGUCAAGCGGAGCCCUCCACGGGAGAAACCUCUUCCUGGGCCGCUUCCCUCACAGCGAGGAGUACCUAGACCUGAUGGACAAUGUACUGCACAACGGAGACCUAGACAGGCUCUACGAAGAUUUCACCAAUCACUACUAUCUCGACAUAGUGAGCCUAAUCAAGCACAGGGAGGUCCUCAUAGGAGCAAACAUGCAGAAUUACAUCGCGCCGAUGCUGCUAAAUAGGAACCAUUUUAUCUUCUACACGAAUCGAUAUCAGGAGCUUCAUCAGACUCACUCCUCUCGCUUUGUACAUUUUUUCAAAUCCUUCCACGUUGUGCACUUGGAUUUUUUCAACUUCGAGGAGAGUACCAUUUUUCUGUUCAAUUUGUCGCUUCCUCUCUACAACUAUGUGAAGGGCAGACCUACGUACCGCUUCCCCAGUGAGGCGCAGUGUGGCUUGGUCCCUUCGUCAACCUCUGAUGUUGAGAUUCCUCUGGAAGUUCGCUUCCUCACUAGAAUGAGUGGAAGUUUGAACGGGCUGCUAUCAAAUCAGGGUGUGUACCACCGCCAGUGGGAUGAUCGCUCCCCCCCAGUGAAGCCACGCCAUUGCAGAAAUCCCAACCACGAAUUCGACGCCGCUACCUUUGUGAAGAAGACACACCAAGUGUAUACCACACUGCGGGCGAAGGAACUGAACCCGCUUCUGGACAAACGGGAUAGAUGUAAAAAAUUCAUCGACCAGUUGGUCGGUCAGAAUGAAGAAACAGAUGCAAUAAUGCAUGAAAUGGAAGACAAAAUUAGGAAGAAGCAGGACGAGAUGGAUGUCAUGAAGAACCACGUGGAAGGCUCCCUAAGAGAAUACAAAGACAAAAUACAUAAAGCGAAAAAUGACUUGAAAAGGAUUACCAAAGAAGAUUUUACUCUCUUUAAGCAGGAAAAUCGAAACAGGUAUGGAGGGUUCCUCAAAAUCGUGUACCUCUACUUUGGUGAACGGAACGAUGAAGAGCAUAUUAAGAGUUCCUUCCACUAUGGCUUCUUCAUUCGUCAGAUUAAAAAUAUAGUCAUCGAUUCUGUUACCAAGAGUCUCAUCCUUAAGUACGAGAAUGUAUCCAAUGUGGACAGGUUUCUCAAUUAUAGGUUUGUUAAAAUUAUAAACGCUUUUAUCGUUUCGAUUAAUGAUUAUGUGAAGCGGAGGGAUUCUCUUCUAGUGCAACGGAAGGGAGUGAUCCAGUUCAGUCAGGAUGUUUCUUCCCUACGGGACGACUUGCGGAAGGCGCUGAUAGACGCGGCUUCCCCGGAUGUGCGCGGUCUGCUGGAGGAUCUCCUCUCAAUUGACCACGCAACGAAGGAAGAAAUCGAGAGAAGGACACAUAUCGUCCUUCCGCUGAAGAGCGUCCUCUUUAUCUACUGCUCCGCCAUGGAAUCGAGGGAGAAAAAGAAAUUCAUCAAAUUGCUGAUGAAGGGGAGGGAGAAGUACAGGAGGAUGACUCUCGACGCGGUUGGGGAGGAGCAGACUGGGCAGACGGGGGAAACAAGGCAAACUGGUGAGACUGAACCCCCUGAACAGCCUUACUGCAGCCGACCCACCUGGGGUGACCUGACCCCGCGGAGCGCACUCAACCUGGAAGAGUAUUUACCCUCGACAUUUCUAGAGCAAUAUUCGCAGCUGGAUCUCUGCUGGGACAGCAUGGUAAUGUUUAAUUGCCACUUGAUGGAUGUUCUACACGAGAAGAUAAUCAUAUGCAUCGACCCCUUUCAACAAAUGAAGAAGUACCUUCUGAAGAAAUUCCGAAGGGACGACGAAAAGUACGUCUACGUGAAGUGGCAGUGCGGAGACACAACCGACAUGGGAAGCGGCAACACGGGCAGCGGAAAGAGCAGCGACAACACGAUCCGCCCCGACAGAAGCCGCGAAAGAAGCCGCUCCAACGAAGAGGAACACAUCGCGCAUAUUACAAACAAGGUCAGGAGCUACCGGAGCAGAAAUUUCAACAUUUUGUUCAAAAAAGUGGACGAUACUAUUUACUCUCUUGUGAAUGAAGGGACAGAUGGGUCUGGCACCGUGUACAUCUUCGCCGACUCUGUUGAGGACAUUGACUUCACGAAGGUUGGAGUGGACCACCACGUCAUCCUGUGCGAUUAUAAGAAGAGGAAUCUACUUAACCUGUUUGCUUACUAUUACGACAAGGGGGCGAGACGACACUCACAAGAGAAAGAGGAGAAAAGUGAAGGGAGCGAAGAAGGUGAAUCAUCCGCCGCUGUCACUCCUACCGCUGCUGCCACUCCCACCACUGCUACCGAUGCUGCCACUCCCACCACUGCUACCGAUGCUGCCACUCCCACCGCUGCUUCCACUGCUGCCGCUCCCACCGAACGACUGGUCAUGCUAACUUACGUGGCCUACCUCCUAACCCAGUCCCUCGGGAUGAUGAGAGAAAGAUACAAGUUCCCCCAUCAGAACUUCCUAAAAAUGGUCAAAUGGGCCAGACACCUAUUCAACUCAGGGAAGAGCAAAGAUAACGAAGCGUGUGUUCUAAAUUUUCUUUACUUUCACAUUUUAUCCUUCGUCGAUAGUAAGCACACAUUGUUGCUAAGGUUUCUGCUGAGCAUCUAUCUGGAUGUAUACCACUACAAAGCGAUCAAGUGGAAGGACGUGUUUUUAUUUUUUCGAAGCUAUGACAGGAGGUGGGAGAAGCGGGUACUUCGAUCCAUUGGGAAGAAGCGGAAGAGGGAUGCUGCAUCCGGAGAAGGAGACCAUCCCGUUGAGAAUCGCCACGAGUCGCUCUCACCAGGGGAUGACUCUGUUCCAAAUGUGGCCUCUUCACGUAGGAGCAUCUCAAAUGAGGGUUUGUCCCCCAUUCCAUGCGAAAAGCGUACCUCUCAGGGAGGGCAGCACAAGUUGGAGACUGAAGAAGACACCUGGUUGAGUGAUGUGUGGGAUAGUUCCUCCGCCUACGAGAGUAGCAUAUGCGAUGAGCACUUUGGCUUAGUCAAUAACGAGUUAGGUCGGGAAGAUGACUCGGGGGAUUGCACCACGGAGACCGGACAGGGGGACGGAAGAAGUGAAUCACUGGAAGGUAAGACAAACCGGUGGGGAGAGAAAAUGGCCUAUGGGACGAACGAGAAUAGGGAAAGUCAAAUUGUCAGAUGUGUAGACCAAUCGGUGCGGGUGCUUUAUCUGGAGAAGAGGAAGCUCAGGGGGGUGUUCUGUGAAGAAGAGGAGCAGCAGGAGUGGCGGCGUGAAGACGGUGAUAAGGAGGCCCCCGUUAAGAAUGCCAAAAAUGACAAGGCGACAAGUGGACAGACAGCCAAGAGAGCGGUCAACGGAACGGCCAUCCAUGCACACCACCACAGGGACAGCAGCGAUGAGAACGAAUCGGACCAAUCGGACCAAUCGGACCCAUCUGUUCAUCACAUGGCUGGUGAGGAGGACCCCUCCAUCGAUGAUUACCUACCUGAGCUUCUACAACUGAGAAGAAGAAAGCGGUGCGUGUUCAAAAAAUUAUUGAAACAUAUUAAGAACAACAAAAAGGACUGGGACAGGUAUGUCAGGACGACGAGUUGCAAUUUGAUCGAAGCCCCCGGUACAGGUGAAGGGUAUAGAAAGGAAGAUACGUUUCCACUGAAGGAGUUUACCAAACCAUCCAUGCUAUUCUACAAAAUGGUAAUCGAUAAGAUCAUAAAGAAGGAGGAGCUUAUCCUUUCGGUUCGCAAAUAUAUCAAUGUGAAGCUGAGCGGGAUGAUUUACCUGCACAGAGAGUUGGUCAGCAGAAAUUUGUGCCAUUUGGUCGCCUCCCACAUUGAGGUAAGAUCGGUAAUGGAAUCUAUGAAGCAUAUGACAAGCGAGGGUGAUAGUUCCUACCGUGGUGAUAGUCCCUGCAAUCGCGAUGCCAACCGAGGUGAACUCUUCUUACAGUGCGUUCAGCGAGGAGACUAUUUCGACACUCUCCUCAGAGAAAGGAAGAAGCUAAUCGUAUUUCUACAAAAAAAUCGACACAGCUUUGCCUUAUCGACGGUGAUGCUAAGCAACAACAGUGUUCUCUAUAUAGACAUAAAAAAUGCUUCCAGCUCUGUGUUGUCAAAGCAGAAUGACGUGGUUAUGAUGGACGUUGUGGAGGAGGAAGACGUACACAAAGCGGAGAAGUAUAUAAAGAACACCUCUCACAAAAUUUAUUUUGUGUAUUAUAACCGUAUGGAUAGUCUCUCUCCUACGCUGAUCAGAAGCGGUGUAGUGGUUAACCUCGACUUCGCUCAGGACUCUAGGGAGUACCUCCAAUUUCUAUACUUCUGCCUUAGCUCCCUGCGUGUUCGUAACGCAGCUGAUAUGAAAGAACUAAUUGCAGAGGAGAACUCCCCCAAGGGCGAUACCUUCAGGUGCCUUUUCUUCACCAUCUUGUUCUUCUCCCUAUUGAAUGAACAGGGUCCCGUGGAAAACCUAAACGUCAACGUGGACCUCCUCAGCGAGAUGAUGGGAACGGUGGAGGCAUUCAGCCAAGUGGCCCAGAAGGGCAACCGCUACGGAGAGGAGGUUCAGCUAGAUGGUUACCACCAAGAAGCCGCAGAUCAGGACAACCUGAAUGACCGCGCAAAGUACAAAGCGCAAUUAAAGAAGGCAGAAAAAUGUAGGGACUUCCUUUCUCACCACCUGAGAGCAUUUGUAGAACUUCUAUUUCCAAAGGAGCGUAUCCUAACGAAGAAUAUGAUGCACUCCUUUGUGUGUAACUUAUUCUCCAGCAAAAUGAACAGAAACAGUCCAUCUGUCAUAAGCAAUGUGUUGCAAAUACCGACAAACAUCACGACGUUGCAUGGUUUGAUUGAGUAUAUGGGAAGGCACUUCCACUUGACGGAAAAGAUUUUUAAGAAAAAUAAAAGCAUACACUUGUACGAAGGGGCACAAUUAAUUACGCUAACGGAGAGAGUGCUCCUUUCUGAGUGUCAGCUGAUUAACAGGGCCCAUAGGAGAAACACCUUUCAGUUGAUUCUUCUUUACCUGGAGGAGUUUUCCCGCUUCGUAUCGAUGAGACAGGCUGUGAACGCCACGUCGACGUUGAAAUACCUCACGGAGGAAUACAACUCCCUGCUGAGCCACAUCCGAAGCAUGAAAGGUCAAGUUAGACACCUCGCCCAAAUGGAGGGCUCGAGCCACCUGGCGGAUGACCCCUUGGGGGAGAUGCAGUCGGAUUUGCUCACCUUCAGGGUGCCGCAUAAGUGGGACGCCCUCUCCAUGGGAGAAAACGACCUACGCGAAUUCUUUGGGAAGAUAAAGAAAAAGCUGACCUACUUGAGAGACGUCAUAAACGCAGAUCAGCGGGGAGGCAGACAUGUGUACGACGUCUCAAUGUUUAGCAAUCCACUGCUCUUCUUUUACUCGGUCUACCUCAGCUAUGCGCGAAGCAUGAACGUCCCCGUGAGCAGCCUCAACGUGUCUUUCAAAUACUGCGACGGAAUUGGAGGGAGCGAGGAGGGCAUCUGGCUGCUGCCCAUACGAACGUACAAAGGCGAAUUCGUGACUACCUCCCAGCCCUUCGCGCACCCAUUCAUCCACAAGAGAAACAGCAUUUUCAUGAAAAUCUGCGACGAGGAAAAUAGGCGAGGUGCACGCGCGGAUGGGAGAGAGGGCCAUGGCAAGCUUGGCCCCGAGGCUGGCGUACGGGAUGACUGUGCCACUGAGGAAGCAGACACUCUCAACGACGCCACCAAGAAGGAAAUAGGGGACCCUACCCCCCAAAUGGACAACCAAGCUGGAAGGAUCGAUAACACUAAGGGAGGGCUGUCUGGACAAAAAGGGGAAGUCAUCCGAAUCCAUAGCACCAGUGAUUAUUGGGAAUACAUCCACAAGAAGGAAAAUCAAUUUUACUACGACUCACCGUACAUUUAUGUGAAGAUAAAAAAAAACAAGCAGAGUGAGACUGCUCAAAGUAGAGCAAUUGGACCAAAUGAAACAAGUGAUCCUAAUCGCGUAUCCAACCAGGAUGCUGAUAAGGGGGGUCUUAAUAAAAAUUCAGACGCUGUACAGAAUGGGGAAGGGUUCGAAAGAGAAAGAAGCAAUCUUAGCGAUAGUUAUGAUGAAGGGGAAAUGGAAAGAACCAGUUUAUCUGGCAACACUACAGAAGAAUUAACUGGCCCCUUUAGCGCCUUCAAAAAUAACGACCCCUUCGACAGGAACGAUUUUGUGUUUUAUUGCCCCGUCUUGACUUUCAAUCCCAGGACGCGAAGACACGAUAAAACGCUGUUCUUCCUGCCCAUCCCGUGCAUAUACAGCAAGACUAUUUACAAGAAGCUCAAAGUGCACAUGUUAUUGUAG